AUGUACAAUCUUCGCACCUUAGUCCGAAAAUCAGCCGUGGUCUCUGGCUUUGGUAGAGUGAGACCGCAGCGACCGGGGCAAUUGCCAGCAGUCAUAUUCAGCAGCGCAAGUCAAACCCGCUUUUGGGCCAGUGGGCUGCAAGACCCAGUUGAAGAAGGUUCCCAGGACAAGUCCGACUCGAAUUGGAAAAGCACUGCUUUCAAAAUGCUUGAGACGGCGGGAGCUACGAUGGCAUCGAUAGCUAUUCUGGGGUACUACAAGUAUCUUGUUUUACACAAGAUUGACCAUGCUUUUGAACCUGGUGAUCCUGCUCUUGACGUUGCGGGGGCGUCUCCUGGGAAGGAGGCGCCAGCUGCAGAACAUUGGAUUGUGCGAGACGAACAAGAUAGAAUAGAUCACAUCAUAUCAGGAAACUCCAAGGGACACUAUUAUCUUCUUAUAGGAGAGAAAGGCACUGGUAAAACAUCUAUGCUUUUGAAUUCGAUGCGCAAAAUCAAUGGAGCACGAGUUGCAAUGUUUGAAGCACAUGCAGAUCUAGAGAUCUUCCGUGUACGCUUAGGCAAAGCUUUAGACUACGAGUACCAUGAAGAUUACAUCGGCAGUCUUUUCAGUAUCCGAGGACCACGUGACACCACAGCCCUACUCGAUAUCGAGAGGGCCUUGAACAAGCUUGAAAAAGUGGCCCUACAAAGACGCAAGAAGAAAGAAACUCCUUUGAUUGUCAUUAUAAAUAGUACGCAUUUGAUCCGCGAUGACGAGGACGGCCGGGAUUUAUUAGAAUUGAUGCAGCAACGAGCUGAGCAGUGGGCUGCCAGCAACCUCAUCACAAUGGUCUUCAAUAGCGAUGACUACUGGGUAUACGAGCGUUUGAAGAGAUACGCUACUCGCAUGGAAACGAUACCGGUUCCAGAUUUGCCCAAGCAGAAAGCUAUGGCCGCAUUAGCAAAGUAUAGGCAUCGCUAUUACGGAGAACAGGUCUCUGACGAAAUACUGACCCAUGUCUAUGACCAAGUUGGAGGCCGCUUAUCCUUCCUCAACCGAGUUGCGAAAUCGCGCGAUAUGUUGCAGACAUGCAAGGACAUAUGCGAAGCUGAAAAGUCCUGGCUUCUUAAUCGCUGCUGGAUUCUUGGUGCAGAAAUGGAUGAUGAUGUGAUGGAUGAACAGAAAUUUUCUUCUGCGGCAUUUGUCCUUGCCAAGGCUCUUGUUGACCAAGAGCAAGAAAUGGAUUCGAUUUAUGACGAUGAGCAUGGGCAUAUUCUACCCCAAAUGCCACUUCACAAAGCUCGACAGGUGAUGACGCGCGCUGAUUUUAUUCAGGGCUACGAUCAUGACAACAUUUUUACUAUUGAUUCCAAUGCUAUGGUUCGAGCCGAUUCCGUGCCGAUGCAGCAUGCUUUCCGAGCUAUCUGCUCAGAGCCAGGUUUUGAGGAUCAUCUCGAAAAGACCCUGACUCGUAUUGGAGAUAUUGAGAGCCUUGGAAGGACCCGAGAGUUGACGAUCAAGGACCUUUGGGAUCAGGGCAAGUAUAAAGUGAUUGUCCGCGAUAACAAAGGCCGAGAGUCGGGCACCGUCGAGUUUUCUGUGAAAGGGAAAGAAGAGGAAAUUGAUGAUUAG